CCAGGAAAAGCCAGAAAUCGAUCAUUGUUUUUCGUUUAUCAGAACGACUUGUCUGUGCAUUCUUGCGUGCUUCAAAGCAAACGAAUAGAGUUUGGAGUAAAUUGCAAAGUAGGUAAACCACUUUAGAGCUUCAUGGACAAAUUAAAAAAAGUUCUCAGCGGACAAGAUGGCUCUAGUACAGACGAUAACAACGGCAGCGUGUUACAGGCCGUGAGUGACGCGUCCACACUCAGCUGGGGCGCGCGCAUGAAGGGCUUCCUCAUUUGUUUCGUCCUCGGCGUGCUGUGCUCCAUACUGGGCACAUGUCUACUCUGGCUGCCUGGUGCAGGAUUGGCGGUGUUCGCGGUGCUGUACACUGGAGGCAACUUCGCAUCACUCGCCAGCACCAUGUUCCUGAUGGGUCCUCUAAACCAGCUGAAGAGGAUGUGUGAGAAGACCAGAGCACUGGCUACAGCCAUCAUGCUGACAUGUCUUGUGUUGACCCUUUGUGCUGCAUUUUGGUGGAAGAACAACGGGCUGGCUCUGCUUUUCUGUGUGCUGCAGUUCCUGGCCUUCGCCUGGUACAGCCUGUCCUACAUUCCGUUUGCCAGGGACGCGGUGAUGAAGGUCUUCUCUGCGUGCCUCAACUGAGGGGUGUGUUAUGAAGUGUGUGUGUGUGGACGCGACGCAACGCACGCAGUGGACUGUGUUGUAGAGUGUGUGUGUGUAUGUGGAUGGCGAGGAGUGUGAUAGAAGUAUGUGAUGUGGUGUGGAGUGUGUGUGACUGUGUGUUAGUAUGUGGAGGGGCCAUGUGACAGACAGGUGAUGUGGAGUGGUGUAUGUGUGUGCGUUUGUGUGUGUGUGUGUGUGUCGGUGGUGAGGAGAGUGUGUGUGUACUUGUAGUGUAGGGUGUGUGUGUGUGGCGUGUGUGUAGGUUUUGGGGACGCCAGGGGACAUGACAGGUUCUAGAGUCCCCGAGUG